CCAGACCCAGUAAUCUCCAUCGCCGGCGGGUCGAGAAAAAUGGGCAUUCAGGGACUCCUGCCAUUGUUGAAAUCGAUAAUGUUGCCCAUUCACAUCAAAGACUUGGAGGGCUGCUGCGUUGCGGUGGACACCUAUUCUUGGCUCCACAAGGGCGCUGUCUCUUGCAGCAGGGAACUCUGCAAGGGCAUUCCCACUUCUAAGCAUAUUAACUAUUGCAUGCAUAGAGUAAACUUGUUGCGGCAUUAUGGUGUUAAGCCUGUUAUGGUGUUUGAUGGAGGAUUUUUGCCGAUGAAGGGCGAGCAAGAGACUAAGCGUGCAAGGUCAAGGAAGGAAAGCCUAUCUCGGGCCAUUGAGCAUGAAGCUAAUGGAAAUCAGACUGCUGCUUAUGAGUGCUACCAAAAGGCCGUUGACAUAUCACCUUCAGUGGCUUAUGACCUGAUACAGGUCUUAAAAAAGGAAAGUGUGCGCUAUGUUGUGGCCCCAUAUGAGGCAGAUGCCGAAAUGACCUUACUGGCUGUCAGCAAACAGGUUGACGCAGUUAUAACAGAGGACUCGGAUUUAAUCGCCUUUGGUUGUCCUAGAAUCAUUUACAAAAUGGACAAGUAUGGGCAAGGAGUUGAAUUCCAGUUCUCCAUGCUGAGACAGAACAAGGAGUUAAACUUUACUGGUUUCACAAAGCAGAUGGUUCUUGAAAUGUGCAUAUUGAGUGGAUGUGACUAUUUACAGUCUUUGCCUGGGAUGGGCUUAAAAAGGGCGCAUGCGUUGAUCAAGAAGUUCAGAAGUUAUGACAAGGUUAUUAAACACUUGAAAUACAAUACUGUUGCAGUUCCUCCACUUUAUGAGGAAUCUUUCAAGAAAGCAAUUAUGACUUUCCUGCAUCAAAGGGUGUAUGAUCCUGUUUCUGAAGCUCUAGUUCACUUAUCUGACAUACCUGAUGGCACUGAUGAAGAUCUUGAGUUCCUAGGCCCAUAUCCUUUCAAAAGCCUGCAUAUUUCAUUCUAAAUAUAUCUGAAAAGCUUAUAUUUCAAU